CGAGCUUGAAGAACGGGAUAUGGACAGAUACUGCGAGUGCAACGUUUGCGUCCCUGUUGCACCAGCAUGCGCUGGACACCAAACGAGCGUAUUGACCAGGAACGUGCGAGAAGAGCUCGCAACGAUCUUGAACAAGAUGAGUGAGCAGUGUCCGGAUGCCUUCACGGAGGAGAACCUGGGGAAGAGGAAGGAGAUCUUGCUGGCGUGGCUGCCCAUGUUUAAGUACUUGGCGUUGCAGGAGUGGUUGGAUCCUGAUAACUACUACAGCAUUAAGCCUGAAUGUGUCGCGAUCGUGGAGAAGAGCUGGGACGAGUACAUGCCAUUGCUGUGCAAGACCAAGUGCUAUAGGAUUAAGUUCCGCUCUCGGUGUCUGAAGAGCCUCAGAGGGAACGUCGACCUUCGAUACAUGUGGCUUAGGGAUAUCGUUCUCGAUCCGACAAGGCCUUGGAGGGGGCUGGAACCGCUUGGUGUUGAUACUAGAUCAAGUGUGCAGGGCCUCAUUGAUCCUCAAGGCCUCGAUCAAACGUUCCAAGGAGAAGGCAUUCGAGUGAAAAGACCUCUCCCUGACGCUGCUGAUGCUGGCCAUCAGGUAGUUUUGAAGAGAUCGAAGACCAAUGUUCCAUCAGAGAUUGAUUGGAGAGACCAGUACUUUAAGGAUAAGAGAGUCCAGGAUUUGAGGACUUUAUACAGAGACCUCUCGCGGCUUGUUGAUUCUGAUCUCCUUGAGGAGGACAUGCUCACUCAGAUGGUACAGUUUGAUGAUGAUGAGCUUCUAAGGCUGUUUGGUGCCUUUUUGAAAGUUGAAAAUGUACGAACUAGGGCGAAACUCAUACAAAAGAGAAUGGAUGGAAUUAACGUACAAACAGGUAACACAAUCGGAAGCUAG